ACACGACUGGAGACAUGCGCUCGUGGGCUCGCGGGAUCCUGUGGUUGUCAUCUUUUACAACUGUGUUGUCUAGUUUGCAUCCUGAGUGUGAGUAUAUCUUUCAGCUGGCAAGAGAUGAGCAGCGGUGUCUCAGAGAGAUCACAGAUCUUGGAAACCUCAGCAGCUCUUCAGGUUGUCUGCCAGUAUGGGAUGCUGUAGUGUGUUGGCCCAGAGCUGCAGUGGGUGAGACGGUCCACUUGCUGUGUCCUGCUGUUUUCUCUCUCUUCAAGAACAACACAGGUAUAGUGAGUCGUAACUGCACGGCUGGCGGCUGGUCACAUCCGUUCCCUCCUUACCACGAGGCCUGCAUUGUUGAGGAUGAAAUCCCUGAGGAGUCGUAUUUCUUCACUGUGAAACUGAUCUACACUGUUGGUUACGGAGCAUCACUGCUGUCGCUCUCUGUUGCCGUGGUAAUACUGCUGCUCUUCAGGCGAUUGCACUGCGCUCGAAACUACAUCCACAUGCAGCUGUUUUUCACCUUCAUCCUGAAAUCGGUGGCUGUGUUUGUCAAGGAUGCUAUGCUGUUCUCCAGUGACGACACGGAUCACUGCACACUCUCCACAGCAGCCUGUAAGGCGUCGGUGGUGUUUUGUCAUUACUGUAUCAUGACUAAUUUCUUCUGGUUGCUGGUUGAAGCCGUGUAUCUAAACUCUCUGCUGGUCUCAGACUUCCCGCGCAGCCGCCGCUGUCUCUGGAGUUUCGCUCUGCUGGGCUGGGGCUUUCCACUGGUUUGCAUUGUCCUCUGGAUCUGCUCCAGACUGUAUUUUGAGGACACAGAGUGCUGGGACAUAAAUGAAGACUCUCCUUAUUGGUGGAUCAUCAAGGGUCCCAUUGUAGUUUCCAUAGGGGUGAACUUCCUUCUCUUCAUGAACAUUAUCAGGAUUCUGGUGCAGAAACUGAACCCCCGCUUGAUCCAAUUCAACAAUUCAGCUCAGUACAGGCGACUGACCAAGUCCACCCUCCUCCUCAUCCCUCUCUUCGGCACUCAUUACAUGGUCUUCAACUUCCUCCCAGACUACUUCAACGUGAGCCUGCGGCUUUGCAUCGAGCUGUGUCUGGGCUCCUUCCAGGGCCUCAUUGUGGCAGUUCUCUACUGUUUCCUGAACCAGGAGGUUCAGAAAGAAAUACGCUUACGUUGGAUGCGAUAUCAAGAGGGGAGUUACAUUGUCGUCCCUGUUGGAGCCAAAGGAAGUCAAAUGGACACUCCAUUCUAGAGUCAUUAAAAUUCACCGGUGCCUCUAAUAUACAGACCUCAACACCUCCAGAAACCACGAACAUCUGAAUCCAACAGUUUUAUUUAAUACAGAUUGUAUUGCUCAGUCGAUAUGACAACAAAUGGCUUAAACAGCCAGAAUAUACAGUAUUUGGGCUGCAGUAUAUCUGUGAAUUAACACACUUAAUAGAGUUCAUUAGAGAGCAUGGUAAAAAUGUGCAAUUCAUCAGAACAAAACUGCUGCUUUUGGGGGAUUCUUGGUUGGUUUAAUUAAAGUAUGUACAUAUAUAGAGAAAAGCCUAUCAAAAUAUACUACUGCUGCCCUUCAAAUUAUUUAUUACUUUAAGGGGAAUGUUAAACUGAAAUAUGGCAGUUUUGAAUGUGUAUGUAUUUAGCUGUAUGUAUGUACAUGUUUACAGUAUUAACAUUUGUAAAGAGAAAUAUUAAGACUUCUGAGUGAGAUAGGCCUACAGGUAACCAGGCAAGUUAUGUUUUAUAUGUUUAAUUCUGCAAAAUUUGUUAACUUCAACUUCGAUUGGCAAAGACAGUGGUUUGAUAUUUCCUUAUCAUUUCACAAGUUGCUUUGUGUUUUUAACUGUAUUUAUAUUUUGCUGAAACGCCUGUUAUAGGCUGUCUAAUCAAUGUCAAGUUCCCUUAGUGUGACAACACGCCUGCAAUUUGCUCAUCAUAUGUUCCUGUAUCUUUCCCCCUGUCAUAUACAUGUUCAAAAUCAUAUUUGUAGCAAAGACCCACUCUCAAAAUGACUAUUUUGAGCUAAAGGAGUGUAACAACUGACCCUGGUUUCUCUUUUCUGCUGCUUGAUUCUUUUAUUUUUAAUACUUAAAAAUGACAUUAGUAUUAAAAUGUUGCAGCUAUCCACCUUAACUCGUGCAUCCAUUUGUAACUUGAUGUGCGAGGCUUCCGGUGCCAUUAGCUUUCAGUUAUUUUAGCUCUACUAAAAUACUACGUUAUGCUGCAAACUGGUGUUUGUUAUGAUAUUAUUUUAACUCAUUAUCAUAAUCAUAAACACACUGGUUUGUUGCACAAAUAGUCCUACCGUUUACUGUUUGUUUGUUAUACUUUUAGUAUAAUGGAAGUGUUGUACAUUCAAAGAAAAUUAGAGAAGAGAUAUUUAAAUGCCAAAUGUGUUUAGCAGUGGGAUGUUUUCAUAUGUCCAAAGACUGCUGUUGUGUUGCUUUAUAUGUAGCCUUCUCUUCUAAUUCUCACCAAAUGUGCAUUUAUACUCUAUUGCCUACAAACAGCUAGUAAAAUCACUGUACACUUUUUAAUAUACUGUAUUAUAGCCUACUGUAUAUUUUCUUGCCUUGAUACAUUAUUUAUUUGUUUGUCUGUUUUCAGAUGCUCUUUGAGUAGUUUUAAAUGCAUCAAAUCAGAGUGCAUUACAGAGAUGGAAAUAUUAUCCAUUUUAUGCUCUAUCUGUGUAAUGGAUUUGAUCCUUUUUUAACUUUAAUAGUGCAAUUAAGGUCACUCCUGUGUGCUUGCUAUUAUGUUUGUAUAUGUGCGUAAGCAAGCUUGCCAAAUGUGUGCGUGUAUCUAUUUUUGAGCUCAAGUUUAGAUUUUUCUGCUUUAAUAUGUACAAUAUAAUUACUUAAAAAAAAGGGGGG